AUGCAAGUUUUCGGCUUACCAUCGGAUCUAGCAUCUGGUUUGUAUCGCUUGGAAACUGCUGUUCCUCGGACGCUCGCAUCUGCGACUGAAUCAAUCCACUCAACUGACUCCACCGCCAGUAUCUUCCACUGGUUUCAUAACCAAGUUCAUCAAUGGUAUCCAAUCCUGCAUUCCGAUUUCACGUCCCAAUUUAUCGAGUCCAAUGCUGCCGGCUUUCCGUGCUCUACAACUUCGUGCCUGUCGCUCCUCGUUGGAGCAAUUGCAAGUCUAGUCGAUCAUCGACCUCACUCCGCACAGUAUGAAGCUGCCUUGUCCAUGAUGCCAAUAGCGAUCCAAGAAUACAGCAUUACGAGUGUUCAAUGUUUGGUCCUUUUUAGUAUAUACUUCUCUUGUCUCCUCCAGCCAAGACAAGCAUAUGACUACAUACAAGCUGCCUUUCUGAAAAUCCAGCCGUUUCUCAAAAGUGAGAUAUCCAUGCAUUUUAAUCUACCAUGCUUCGGCAAAGGGCUACGCGGCAGAUUGACAAAUAUUCCAAUGAUGCCAACAAGAACAUACAUGUGGGACCUUUUCGGUAGUUCGAAUACACCGUCGGGCUCAUCUUUGUCCGGAGUCCCUCAAAAUAGCGAAGUCAAUUCAGUCUAUUCACCAAAUGAGAGGCUGCCGACGUUAGUCGACUUUUGUACCGAGAUCAAUUUACAACAAGAGCUGGCUGGCUGUUCUACCUCAGCAACGGAUGUAUGGAGUACAUAUGACAAUGACACCCCCCAUGAGAGGGCGGCAACUUCAAGUCACGCACCGGGCUCCUCAUCCGAGACAUUGUCUCCAGAUAAUGGCCUCGGCUCUCAGAACGUCAAUGGUCCCAUCUGUCGUGCUAAGUACCAUAUGUACGAGAUCUCAAUCUACUGGCCGGUCAUCUACCGCAUCAUACUCGAUGGAAUCGCAAAUACCGAGUCCCUACCGUACGGGUCCCUGUUUUUUCAAUCGGUGACCGGCUUUCUUGAUGCAGCUAAAAUCGCCCUUGGAGUAUGUCUUCCGAAGGCCUGGUUUCUGUAUGCGAGUGAGAGCUAUCGAAGUCCGGUGCCUUCGGCUGCUCACAGAACCACCGCUUUGGGAAUCCCUUGA